GUCUGUCUGUCUGUCUGUCUGUCUGUCUGUCUGUCUGUCUGUCUGUCUGUCUGUCUGUCUGUCUGUCUGUCUGCUCUUAAAGCCCUGCGUCGCCCAUCACACCUAGACGAGAGCAAAACAUGGAGCACCACUGUGCUGUCUUGACAAGGAAGCGACCAUGGCACCCAGCAAUGUUGCUGUACUCCUCUACCUGGAUGGCCCUCCUCUCUCUGCUACUCUCUCCUGCCCUCAGCCAGUUAGAUCUCAACAGGUUAGAUGGGGACACAGCUGUCUGCCCUCCCAUGAGAAAUGGACAAGAUGACCUUCCAGGGUUCGAUCUGAUCACCCAGUUCCAGUUGGAUGUUAUUCCUCUGAAGGGGGUGAGGAAGGUGGAGGGCUCCACUCCUCUCCAGGUGGCAUACCGCCUCGAUAAGGAGGCCAACUUCCAGAUUCCUACCAGGCUCAAUUUCCCCCGGGGUUUCCCCGACGAGUACUCCGUCAUGGUCACAUUCCGUAUGAUCAAGAACACGGUGAACAAGGUGUGGAACGUGUGGCAGGUAGUGGACGAGGACGGACGGAAGCAGGCGGGGCUCAGGCUAAAUGGAGACCAGCAAGCGCUGGAGUACUUCCUGAUGGGCCAGGAUGGCAACCUGCAGACCGUCACCUUCCCAGGGCUCUCUGUGUUGUUCAACACCAAGUGGCACAAGAUGAUGAUUGGGGUGGAGAGAGACCAGGUCACCCUGUAUGUGGACUGUCAGCCCGUGGACAAGAAGCCCAUCAAGGGGAAAGGCCCCGUCAACACCGAGGGAGAUACACUUAUUGGGAGGCUGGACGUUGACGCUGAUGCUUCUGUUGUGUUUGAACUCCAGUGGAUGCUGAUCCAUUGCGACCCAAAGAGAGCCAAUAGAGAGAACUGCCAGGAGCUGCCUGCCAUAGAGAUGUAUGCCAAUGCUGAGCCUGACCCCAAGCCUGUCCCUGGCCCUCUUGGUCCCACUGGCCCUGAGGGGCCCCGGGGGCCACACGGAGAGGAUGGCAGAGAUGGGAGAGAUGGCCUUCCAGGUUCACCUGGCAGUGCUGGCACUACUGGGGCCAAAGGUGACCAGGGGGAGAUCGGUUUGCCUGGACAGAGAGGCCUGUCUGGCUUACCAGGAGCUUCUGGAGUGCCUGGUUCAAUGGGCCCAAGAGGACCUGUGGGCGAGAGAGGACUUCAAGGUUUUCCUGGACCAGCAGGCUCUCCCGGCCCUGAGACAGUUGGACCCCCCGGCCUGCCUGGGAAAGCAGGAACUCCAGGAGACGAUGGGAACAUUGGGCCUGAGGGUCCCCCUGGGCCUAGAGGGGGUCUGGGUCUCCCUGGUCCUGCUGGUCUACCAGGACCACCUGGACCUGUGGGACCACCUGGGGAUGGAAAAGCUGAGGGGAGUGGGGAUGAUUGCCCUGCUGCCUGUCCAGCUGGACCACAGGGAAACCCAGGGCUAUCAGGGAUGAAGGGACACAAGGGAUUACCAGGUGACAAUGGAGCUGCAGGGGAAGCUGGACAAAAGGGUGAGCCAGGACCAUCUGGGGUGCAGGGCCUAACAGGCAAGAUGGGAGAUGAUGGACAAAGAGGUAGUGUUGGUUUUCCUGGUAGUUCUGGAGAUAAAGGAGACAGGGGUCCCCCUGGUUUCAACGGCAUCCCAGGACCCACCGGACCACCGGGUUCUCCUGGUAUGGAGGGCAUUCGUGGACGUCAGGGUCUGGAGGGAGAAAAAGGUGAUGAUGGAGCCAUCGGUCCUCAGGGAGAUCAGGGUCCUGUUGGUGCAAAGGGAGACACUGGUACUCCUGGGGCAGACGGCAUGGAUGGACUCCCUGGAGUGGAUGGAGCUAAGGGAGGAGCUGGCGUUCCUGGGACUGUAGGAAUCAGGGGUAUCGUCGGAAUUCCAGGCUUCCCAGGAAAGCAGGGGCUGGUUGGAGCUGGAGGUGCCAAGGGUGACACAGGAGCUGACGGACCAGUAGGAUCAAUCGGAGUUCCUGGGAAAACAGGGGCAACUGGACCAGCAGGAGAAGAUGGAAAACCAGGAGACAAAGGAACUACUGGCGAGACCGGAAAGCAGGGACCAGUGGGGGUCACAGGUGAUACAGGCAUGCAGGGUGACAAAGGGGACAAAGGGGACACUGGUGAAAAGGGACUGAAGGGUCACACUGGAUACAAGGGAGACCAAGGUCCUAUUGGUCCCACUGGCCCAAAGGGAAGUGAAGGUGAUCCAGGUCUUACAGGAGAUUCUGGAGUCAAAGGAGACCAGGGUCCUUCUGGUGUUCCUGGAAUCAAAGGAGAGGUUGGAGAGAAGGGCAUGAGGGGAUAUACCGGGGAAAAUGGUAGACCAGGGCAGCCGGGUCAUGAGGGUUUGACCGGUCCCCAGGGAGCCAAUGGACUGGAGGGAGAGAGAGGGUUACAUGGAUCACCUGGGCCUAGAGGCCUACCUGGUCCUAAAAUGAAUGAUAUCAAACUUCGCGAAGUAUGCUCAGCAAUUGUUGAAGAACACUUAGCAGAGUUUAAGAAAGAGGUCCUAAAGAAACCAGCAGCGAUCGGGGCCCCUGGAAUGGCAGGACUGCGGGGCCCCGCAGGUCCACCGGGCCCAGCAGGGACUGCAGGAGAGGCCGGUCCCAGGGGACUGAUGGGAAUGAAGGGACCACCUGGAUACUUUGGGUUACAAGGCACACCUGGAAAACAAGGUGAUGCUGGUGUAAAGGGGGAUACAGGACACAAGGGAGAAAACGGAGUGGGAAUCCCAGGAAGUUCAGGCGAGCCAGGCCCACAAGGUGUGGCUGGCGUCCCUGGCAUCGGGAAGGACGGUAAAGAUGGAGCUCCCGGUAAAGACGGUGUUAAUGGUAGCCCAGGUGCCUCUGGUUCCAGGGGAGCUACAGGAGCCCCAGGGUAUUGUGACCCCUCAAACUGUAUAGGCAGUCCCCCACCUCUCUAUAUGAUGAGUGGGGGGAAGAAAUCCUCCAGCUACAGCAAGGGGCCGUGAGGAACACAAACAGAAGCUCGGAACACAUUGCAUCUCUAGCAGCAGCAAGACAGACGUGAGGUACCCAGGUCAGGAGUGGUAAUACAUGGGAGUCUUCACAUGUCUCCCUCAUCGCACCACAGAAGCAAAGAGAAACAGA